CCUCAAAAUAUAAAAGUUAAAGUCAGAAAUGUAACGGCUGUUUGAGCAAUUGAAUUACUGACUAAUGAGGUAGUUUAGUGACUAAACCUGUGAAAAAGAAGCAUUUGUUCUCCUUCAUCAUCUCCUUCAAAGAAGAAACCACAAUAAUUCAGUAUCUUAAAGAACCCACAAUGCACUCUGAUGUGACAAAUUACUUUGUAAUGAAGUUUUUCAAGAUUUUACUUUCUAAAUUAUGUUACAGAAAUUAACACACAUUCACAAAUUACCUUAACAUUCAUGAGCACAUAUUGUUGAAAACAGACAAACAAAUGAAAAGAUGACAAACAGGACAAAUGAAAAUGUCGAGUGUUUAAGUCUUGACCUUAGAAAUGGUAGUUUGUCCAAAUAAAUGUUUAACUCAAGGUCCAGUAGCUGGCUUUUUCUGGAGCUUUCAUCCGCAUUUCCGUCUCCAUCUCUAUCUCCAUGACAACUGAACAAACUCCAUGCAAGAGUGAGACCUAAGACUGAAAACGAGUGAGUGAACCUCAAUUUCAAACAAUUUUUUUGUUAUACAACAAUUGUCUUUAAUGUUUUUCACUUCUUUUAAAAAAAGAAAAGAAUCAUUUACAUUUACACAGUUACAGAUGAGUUUCUAUUACUUGCCCAUGAUAUUUCCUAAUUUUACAGGUAGUUGUCCUCCCAGUUGUCCUCCAAUAAGUUCCUGAUUUUGCAUCAGAAAUAUACAUCACAAAUAAUUAAGCUAGGACUGAAGACUGAAAGGUUUGUAAAAUAAAUGAUUUGAGAUUGUCUGCUGACUUGAAAAUCUAUAAAAUCCUAAAACAGAUAACACACAGACAGAGUAAUGAUGGUGCUAACUUACGGAGUGUAACUCGUUAUCUUCACUGUUUUCCUUAUAUUCAUGCUUUUCAAGCCUCACUGCAAAGUGUUCUAAGACAUUGCAAUACAUUUUAAAGUUUAGUUUGAACUGUUAACUUAUUGGUGGCCUCACUGCUAUUUGUUACAACAAAACUUAAAUAUUUCAGAAAAAAAAGGACAUGAAUGACUGAUUCUGAACGUGGGUUUUUCCACGUCUGUAUAGGUUCUCUAUAAAGGUUGUGAUUCCCACUCAGGUGUUUUCUUCUCUCUCAGUCUCUGUGGUGUCUCACAGAGGAAACGUGCAGUAGCUCUUGUCAGCACUGAAGUAUCGAGUAUGGUCCUGCUCAAACUUCUUAUAUUCACUUUGACUUUUAAUGGAUUCAUCUUUGAUUUGGAUGCUAUAACGUGCCCAAAGGGUCAGAGACCUAAUCGUAGGAGAAAUGGUUGUGAACCCUGUCCUGAUGGAUAUUACCAGGAUGGAGAAGAGUGCAUUCAGUGUACACACUGUGAAGAAGAUCGGGGGAGUUUUGUUGCACAGAGGUGCACGAAACAGUCAAACACUAAAUGUGAGUGCCGUAGACAUUUUGUUUCCUGGGGAGAGACCGAUUCUUCCACUUGCAAAUGUGACAUCGGGUUCGGACUAGUGGACAGAGAAUGUGAAGAAUGUAAAGAAGGAUAUUUCAAUGCACGGAUCAACUCACCCUGUCAAAAAUGGAGAGAAUGUAAAUCAGGAGUGAAAACUAGUGGAACCAGGACCUCAGAUGUCGUCUGUAAUGAGCUGGAGAGUGACCUGGACAUCACUUCACCCUACAUCACGAGCUUGACAUCCCACCCUCCAAAUAAGGGGACCCAAACUCUGAGUAUACAUACCACCACCGCCGCCACCACCGCAGCUCCUCCUGGACACACAGUCACCACAAAGAAAACACGAAAACCAGAGCCUUCCCCCUCUCCAAACACAGGAAACCACUUUGGUAUGGUCCUCCUCAUGGUGGGAAUUGUUGGACUGCUUCUCAUUCUGACUGCUGUGACCUGCAAGCACUUCGUCCCCUGUGUGCUGAGAAAACCAACAGUACAAAUGAAGGACUCAUGCCGGAGGCCGGUUGAGGAGAGUGGAGACGACAGUCUGUGCUCUGUCAAACUGUAUGCAAAGGAGCCCUGAGGUGAAACUUUCCUUGACAUGAAUGUGUCAUCUAAUGCUGUGAAUUUUUAGAUCAGACAGUCAUCACAUGAAGAAUUUUACCCACAUUUUCCUCAUAUUACUGCUUUUACCUUAGAAAUACAUCAGAGAAACUAUUUACUGUAUCUGUAUUGUAUUGGGUGUAUUAACAUUUCCCAGUGUGGUCAAUAUUUGACUUUUCUUUGUUCUGUUGUAAUACAAUAUAGGUGAAUCUGAAAGAUUUGCAUGUAUCUCAUCAUGUAUGUAUGUACCUCACUUUUUGACAUUUAACUGUGAUCAAUCAAUUUGAAGUUAAGUAGUAAAACAUAACUUUUACUACUGAGAUAAUUUUACCCAAACUACUUCACUUUCUCUUUAACCUUAAUAUUUAUUACAAAUUUGGAUAUGAAGAUUUUUUUAAUAAUGACCUCAGUGUAUAUUCAUCUUUUUGCUGCUUUUCAAAGCCCUGUGACCUCAUAUACUAUGAAUUGGUUUAAUGGGGCAAGUGACAGUUUUCUGAGAAUAUCCAAUAAGUAUUGUAGUAAAGGUUGUAACAAUCAAUACCACUGAUCCAAACUAUUACGUACAGCAGAAGAGCCUUAGAAAAACGUUUUACUUUCUUCAUGCAGGCUCUAUUUUUGUCAUGUUUGUUUUUUUCAGUUCUGUUCCACUGGUAGCAGUUCUGAAAACAGUUAUGGUAAAAAAAAAAAAAAAAAAAAAAAACUUGCUUUCAUGGGUAUGUGGGGUUGGGGGAGUUCCCCUGGUAGAGUUAAAUGUGUUUCUUUUUCCCACUGAGAAAUACUUCCUCUCAUGUCUUCAUUUCAACUGUUGGAAAGAUUGAUAAUUGUAAAUGUGAGGACUUUCAUGUUGUUUAUAUCUCACUGGAGACUUUCCCCAGAGCAGUGCAGUCAGAGGAGUUAUGAAAGCAUGUCCUCAUUAUUUAUAUUCAUUUAUGCUUUGCUAAGAAAUCAGAUGCACAAGCCUGAAAAGCAUACACUUAUCUACCUGGCUGGCUCUGUGUGAGCAGUAGGAUCCACUUGGAAAAGGCUGCGUUCUGGUUCUGUCUCGUUUGUUCCUUUAACGGCUGUUGUGUUGGAAUACUUUGAGGAAAUUUAAUGAACUGAUAUUUAUUAUUUAAAAUGGAUGGAGUAUUCAGAUCCCUUACUUAAGUAGUACUACCAAUAGAGCAAUGCAAAAAUACUCUCCUGCCCUUUAAAUCCUACUUAAGUAAAAGUACAGAAGUGUUGGAAGUAAAAUAGAUUUAAAGUAUCAAAAGUGAAAAAUGGUUAGUAUAUUAUCAUAUAUAUAUAUAUAUAUAUAUAUAUUAUUAUUGUCAAUUUUGACAUUUUACUGUUUUUAGUUUAUCCAGUGGUUAGCAACCAAGGGGUCAGGCCCAUUCAAAGGCUCAUUAGAUAAAUCUGAGGGGUUGCAAGAUUAUUAUGGGUAAAGAAAUAAGAAAGAUUUGGAUACACAAAUUUGAUUUCAGUUUUUGAACUUUCUAUAAUCUUAGAUUUUUUGUGAACUAUUGGUUAAUUUGAACAAGUGUUCAAAUGAAACCAUCUGAGAAGUUUAGAGUGAAAUGUCUCUUGCUAACAACUCAUAGAUAUCUGACCAACAUUUAUAUAGGCGGUCACAAGACAAAAAGGUUGGGAAACCCUGAUUUAAUCACAGUGUGUUGUAUUUUGUUGUAUUGUCAUAUUCUGUUCGUUCAAACUUUUUUGUAAGUUCAUCAUCUAUUUUUUAAAUGCAAACUCUUAAUCUGUAAGUAACUAGUAACUACAGCUGUCAAUUAAGUGUAGUGGAGUAAAAACUACAGUAUUUUCUUUGUGUCAUAAGUGUCAUAACAUAGAAAUCCUCAAGAAAGUAGAAAUAUCUCAAGACUGUUCUUAAGUUCAGUGCUUUGGUAAAUGUACUUUGCUUUCCGUUGCCGUUUUAAAAAAGAAACUAAAGAGUUGCUGUCUCACUGUCUCACCAGUGUUUUUUGUUCUCUGUUUUCAAAGUGCACAGUGUUACCCUGAGAAUGUGCAAAUAAAUAUUCUCUAAAUAAAUUUGGAUUUUUGUACAACUGAA